AAUGCCUUCUAAUGAUGAUGAUGAUAAAGAACAAAAAUCGAAAUCCGAUAGACAAUCAACUAAUCAACAUUCUAAUAAUAGUGAAAAAGAAAACAAUUCAAAGCUUGAUGAUGAGAAAUCAAAUGAAAACAAUCAACAAAUUGGAAACGAUGAGUCUCAAUGUUAUAUUUGUUUAACUACAAGAAUUAAUCCUUGUUACGCUGAUAAUUGUCUUCAUCAAUUUUGUACUAAUUGUUUACUGGAAUGGUCAAAAUCUUCGGAUCAGUGUCCAGUUUGUCGGACAACAUUUGAAAAUUUGAUAAUCAACGUUAAAUCAGAUUCUGAUUAUGAAACUAUUCCGAUUCAACCAAAUCCACCGAUGGGUCAACAGCAAUUAGCAUUGGAGAAUUUACUUGAUUUAAUUAUCAGUGAGAUUACACGAAGUAUACCAGAGGCAAAUUCUAAUCCUGAAAAUGAUAGAAGAUCAUCAAUUCCAGAAGCAUCACCAAAUCGAGAAAGGGUUAACCCCGAAGCGACAAAUAAUACAAGAAAUUCGUCUAAUAGAGUUUGUGAAAUUCCCAAUCGACGUGAAAGUGAAACAACAGUUAGAACAGAAAAUGAGAAUUUACACCGAUGGCGAAGAGUAUCAAAGGAUAGAAGACGAAAAAGAAGACCAAGAUUAAUUUCGAAAAGUAAUGAAACCCAAAAUCCCAACAUCUCAUCUUCUCCUUCACCGAGUGGAUCACCAACACCUCCUGAGGUAAAUUCUGAUGAAAAGAAAGUCACAACCUCAGAAUCUGACAACAAUCGUCCAUCGUCAUCAUCAUCGCCAGCAAAUCGACAGGAACCCGUGAAAACAGAUCAGAAUAAGAAUUCAAAUCGCGUUCACAACCGAAAACAUCAACUCUCUGAAAAGAAAUCUCCAUCUCGAAACAAGAGAAAAAGAGAUUAGAUUUUAAUCCAAUUUUAAAACUGGAAGUUGAUUUGAUAGGAAAUUGCUUCAUUCUACUAAUAUUAAUUCAAAAAUUAAAAUUAUUCUGUUUGAAUGCAAA